GUUCGAUCCCUAGUCAGGGAACUAGACCCCACUUGCUGCAACUAAGAGCCUAAAAAAAAAAAAAGAACGGUGAAUGGAGGAGGGUAAAAACUCCCAACUGGGUAGAUAAUGAGCAGUUAAUUAGGUGGGAAAGGUCACAGUUAAAUUUGGCAUACCAAACAGAUUUCAACUAGAUUGUUGGAUAUACUGAUAGAAAACUGGGUAGGAAAACCUACACUAGGAAUAAAAUUUGGAAGUUACCCAUACCUAGUUAUUAAAGCCUUAAGAAUAAGAUAAUGUCCAGAGGAGAGCAUGAAGGGAAACUGGACGGCCCCAAGGAAGCUUUUAAAAAUCAGAGAAGUGGUGUUAAUUGCCACUCUUUCAGAAGCAGAAUAAUAUAGUGGAAAGAGUGUACUUUGGAGUGAAUCUUCAUCCUUACUCUCAAUUUCCUUUCUGUGAAAUGGGGAGAGAACACCUCUCUCCAAAGGUGAUUGUACCUCCCCUCCCCCCAUUUUAUUUAGUACACUGUAUUACAUUUUAAAAAUGUAUUUAUUUGUGGCUGCAUUGGUUCUCCUUUGCGGCAUGCGGGCUCCAGAGCACAUGGACCUAUAGCUGUGGCAUGUCCACGUGGCAUCUGGGAUCCUAGUUCCCUAAUCAGGGAUCAAUCCCAAGUCCCCUGCAUUGGAAGGUGGAUUCUUAACCACUGGACCACCAGGGAAGUCCUUGGUGUUUUGGAAGUUUUGUUUGUAAGAAUUAAGAAGUGUCUUUGUAUCUCUAAUUACCAUACAAAAUAGAGCACAGAAAAAGAAUAAGAUAUGAGCAUUCUAUAUGCAUACACACUGCAACUUGAGAUUGCCUCUUUUUUUUUUUUUUUCAUUAUAGAUGAGGAACUCAGGCAUGGAGGGGCUUACUAAUCCAACCAAGAACAUAAAGAUAGGAGUGGAGAGUCAACUAGAACCCAUGUAGCAUUCAGUAAAUGUUAACUAACACAAUAAUUAGUAAAAGGCUGUGCCCAGGUACUACUAGUUUUUUUCCCCCCAAGUUUGGUUCAGGAAUUGUACUAGGUGAAUGUUAUAGAUAGUUGGAGCCUUAGAGAUGUUUGGUAGUAUUCUUCCUUUUGCCCUACUUUAGUUAAUGAGUAUCUUGCUUUUAAUCAGUGAUAUUUAACACUAAAGAAAUAAUAGGUUAUAUUAUAAACUCUUUUCAAGCAAGGGAAUAUAUCUUGUACAUUUUGAUUGCUUAAUGUAAUCAUCUGGAAAAAUCUACUCAGGUUGCCCUUAGAGGAGACGGUGUGACUGGUGGUUGUAGUAGAGGUGAUAUAAUGGAGGACUGGGAAUUAGGAGCCCUGUUUUGGAUUCUAGUUUUGGGUGUGUUUUUGUUUUGAGUAUAGUGGAUUUACAAUGUUGUGUUAGUUUCUGCAAUACAGCACAGUGAAUCAGUUUGUGUGUGUGCGUGUGUGUGUGUGUGUAUACACACACACACUCUUUCUACUUUCCCCAUAUAGGUCAUUACGUAGUAUUGAAGAGUUCCCUGUGCUAUAUCUAGUUCUUAAGUUACUGGUUCAUUCACCAAAAACUUAUUAAACUGGUUCCUGAUGCCAGGCACAGUGCUCAGUGCCAUGUGACCUUGGGUACCACUCUAGGUCCAUGUCAAAGGAGGAUGCCUUGCCAUGUAAAGAGUUCUUAGGGGUUCCAUAAGGAUGUAACUUGGCAGAAGGGAAGAAGCCAGCCAGACACAGCUCUCAACACCCCUCCCUCUGAGCAGUUCUGGUUAAAGGUUCUCCAAGGAGACUCCAAAGCAAGAGGACUACAGUACUUCCCCCUUAACUGAGGGGGAAUAUGUUCCAGGACCCCAAUGGAUGCUUGAAACUGCAGAUAGUAUGCCCUGUAAUUGCAAAGUUUUUUCCUAUAUUUACUUACUUACAAUAAAGUGUAACUUAUAAAUUAGGCACAUUAAGAGAUUAACAACAACAGUAAUAAGAUAGAGCAACUGUAACUAUAUACUGUAAUAAAACUUGGGUAAAUGUCUCACUCAAGAUAUUGUAUUGUCUUGUACUUACCUUCCUCAGAGAUGAUGUGAGAUGAUACAGUGUCUAUGUGAUGAAGUGAGGCAUUGUGACAUAGCUUUAGGCUACUAUUGACUUUCUGACUGUACAUCAGAAGGAGGAUCAUUGAGCCAUUACAGUGUCCAUGGUUGGAUGUCUAAGUAGAUGAUUUUGGGGAUCCACAAGAUACAGUUGAAGGUUUUUUUGCUGAAAGCUUUUGGGAAAACAUUGUAAUUGGAGCUGUCUCUUUAACUCAUUGAAGUGUUGCUGCAGCAAUUGUAAUCCUUUGGUGAUUAGUUACUGAUUUAUUCUUGAGAAUCCUCUACUCUGAUCUGUCCUCAUGGAUGAACUCCAGGAUGUUCAACUCACAGAGAUCAAACCACUUCUAAAUGAUAAGAACGGUACACGACACUUCCAGGACUUUGACUGUCAGGAACAUGAUAUAGAAACAACUCAUGGUAUGGUCCACGUCACUAUCAGAGGCCUGCCGAAGGGAAACAGACCAGUCAUUCUGACAUACCAUGACAUUGGCCUCAAUCAUAAAUCCUGUUUCAAUGCGUUCUUUAACUUUGAGGACAUGCAGGAGAUCACCCAGCACUUUGCUGUCUGUCAUGUGGAUGCCCCAGGCCAGCAGGAAGGUGCACCGUCCUUCCCAACUGGGUACCAGUACCCCACCAUGGAUGAGCUGGCCGAAAUGCUGCCUCCUGUUCUCACCCACUUAAAUCUGAAAAGCAUCAUUGGGAUUGGGGUUGGAGCUGGAGCUUACAUCCUCAGCAGAUUUACACUCAAUCAUCCAGAACUUGUGGAAGGUCUUGUGCUCAUUAACGUCGACCCUUGUGCUAAAGGCUGGAUUGACUGGGCAGCUUCCAAACUCUCGGGCUUGACAACCAAUGUUGUGGACAUUAUUUUGGCUCAUCACUUUGGGCAGGAAGAGUUGCAGGCCAACCUGGACCUGAUUCAGACCUACAGACUGCAUAUUGCCCAAGAUAUCAACCAGGAAAACCUACAGCUCUUCCUGGGUUCCUAUAACGGACGCAAAGACCUGGAGAUUGAAAGACCCAUUCUGGGACAAAAUGAUAACAAAUCAAAGACAUUAAAGUGCUCUACUUUAUUGGUGGUAGGUGACAGUUCACCCGCAGUUGAAGCUGUGGUUGAAUGCAAUUCUCGCCUGAAUCCUGUAAAUACAACUUUGCUAAAGAUGGCAGACUGUGGUGGACUACCCCAAGUGGUUCAGCCUGGGAAGCUCACCGAGGCCUUCAAGUACUUUUUGCAGGGAAUGGGCUACAUCCCGUACGUGCAGCUCAGUCACCUGAGCACCGAGUCAGUCCCAUCUGCCAGCAUGACCCGGCUCGCCCGAUCCCGAACCCACUCCACCUCAAGUAGCAUCGGCUCUGGAGAAAGUGCCUUCAGCCGAUCUGUUGCCAGCAAUCAGUCAGACGGAACUCAAGAAUCCUCUGAGUCCCCUGAUGUUCUGGACAGACACCAGACCAUGGAGGUGUCCUGCUAAGCAAAUGCUCCUCCCCAGGACCAUGCAAGUCCAUCCUCCUUCAAACAGCCACUCCAUAAUAUAACACUUCAUCCAGCAACCUGGCAUCUAUCUUUAACUCCUGCAUGGCCACUGACUCUCUCUUUCUGGUAUCCUGGAUUUAUCAUCCUCUCUGCCUGCCCACCCCCCUUUUUGUAUGUACCAAGAACCACUUCCAUGCCAUUUCUGUAACAUUCCAACCUCUUUAGCUGAUCAGAUCUCCAUAUCUUCUCUUACCAGCUUUUCCCUGUGCUUUCCCAACUAUGUAUCUAAGAUUCUUUGAUCCUGACGUAUGUGUGUGAGCACGCGUGUCUGUGUUUGUGUGUGCAUAGUUUUGUGAUUUUAGACAUGCUUUCUUGUAGAGCUUCUGCAGACAAAAACAAAAAAAGGGACUCUCUUUUUUUGCAUUUUCAGUGGUGUUUUUAGGAGAAAUAUGCAGAACAGUUUUCUAGGUUGAGUAGGCCAUUACAUUCUCUUUCGGUUCCUUGCUGAUGGUCAAGAUUUGCGAAGUGACUUCAGGAGAGAGCAGAUCUGAGGAAGGUGGAAAAUCACAAUCCUGUUUGGACAGUUGAUUAUGACCAACAGAAGGAAGCCUGCUACAUAGAAAAACAGGCCAGGUGGCCAGCCACCUUCUCCUGUCCAGUUGAAUUCAUGUGCCCUACAAAUAAAAGGAAGGGAUAUGUUCUCUUAGAAGCCCAUGAACGAUGACAUUCUGAUGCAAUGUGGCAUUUUUCUGAAGGAAUGAGUGUGGCUUAAUUAUUAGACUCUCUUAGCGCAGGAAGGUGGAAAACGAAAUUCCAGGCCUCUGCUCUGUCAGAGCAAAAUUGAUCUCUCUGCAGUGUCUGAUGCCACACACCAGACAUCGGAAGGAGGCACCUCCCAGGAGAAGAACUCUCCAUCUUUCCAUUCCCCCAGAAGGGAGAAGUAUGGCCUGAAAAUUAUGUAGAUGUUGAGGAAAUGGCUGGAGAGAGAGGAACAGACAACACAAUAUGAUGCUUUAUAAGUAUAACCUUGAUUUCAGAAGACUUAAUGGAGCCUAAAUGAAAGAUAGAACCCAUUUCUCAGAAAGUUAAUCCUGUGAACUCCCUCUUGUAAGAGGGAAGGGGCCAUAAGGGCACCCCAUCCAGGUAGAAUUGUGUUCGGUCUGCUGCUAUAUGAGGGGGUCACAGCCACCCAGAGAGUGUCUCCAGGAGGAGUGUGAAAACAGUUGCCACCCAGUAAGGGUCCCGCUUUGACAGCACAGAGAUGUCAGCUCAGGGUUACACAAUUUCAGUCCUAGGAAGGGGCUUUUCAGACAUAGCAUUCGCUUUCUGCUCAGAUAGGGAAUGCAUCACUCUGCCGGAGUACGACUUUUUACAGAUGACGAAAUAAAGCUGUAUAUGUCUCAUUGUUA